AUGUCCUUACAAGAUCUUAUUCCAGUUGUAAAUAAAUUACAAGAUAUUGUAACUGCUACUCAAGUAUCUGAAAUAGAUUUACCUAUUUUGGCUGUUGUUGGUUCUCAAUCUUGUGGUAAAUCUUCAGUAUUAGAAAAUAUUGUUGGUAAAGAUUUCUUACCUAGAGGAACUGGUAUUGUCACUAGAAGACCUUUAGUAUUACAAUUAAUUAAUGUCUCAAGUGAAGAAGAUCAUGACCUUGCUAAUGGUAACCUCAACAAAAACAAAAACAAAAACAAUGACAGUAAUGCCAAUAACAACCUAUCAAAUGGUAAUGCAAAUUAUUCCGAUGAUCAGCUGCUGAUAAAUUCGGCUGAAAUUAAUUUAGAAGAUCAUAUACGUAAACUACAUGGAGGUGCAGGUGGUUCAAAGUCUCCUACUGAAUGGGGUGAAUUCUUACAUAUUCCUCAUAAAAGAUUUUAUGAUUUUCAUGAUAUUAGAAGAGAAAUUGAAAAUGAAACAAUGAGAAUUGCUGGUCAAAAUAAAGGUAUUAGUAGAUUACCAAUUAAUCUUAAAAUUUAUUCUCCAAAUGUUUUAAACCUUACUUUAGUUGAUUUACCUGGUUUAACUAAAAUUCCAAUUGGUGAUCAACCAACUGAUAUUGAAAGACAAACUAGAAGUUUAAUUUUGGAAUAUAUUGCAUCUCCAAAUUGUAUUAUUUUAGCCGUUUCCCCAGCAAAUGUCGAUUUAGUUAAUUCUGAAUCUUUAAAAUUAGCUAGACAAGUAGAUCCAACUGGUAAAAGAACAAUUGGUAUCUUGACUAAAUUGGAUUUAAUGGAUCAAGGUACUAAUGCUUUGGAUAUCUUAAAGGGUAAUGUAUAUCCAUUAAAAUUAGGAUUCAUUGGGAUAGUUAAUCGUUCUCAACAAGAUAUUUCCGAAAAUAAACCUUUAGAAGAUUCAUUAUUUGCUGAAUAUCAAUUUUUUGCCAAACAUCCAGCUUAUAAAGCCAUUUCAAAUAAAUGUGGAACAAAAUAUUUAGCACAAACUUUAAAUAGAAUCUUAAUGUCUCAUAUUAGAGAAAGAUUACCCGAUAUUAAAGCUAAAUUAAACACUUUGAUGGGACAAACUGAACAAGAAUUAGCUUCAUAUGGUGAUGUACCAGGAUUAGAUGAUUCCAAGGAAGCCCGUGGAGUCAUGGUACUUAACUUGAUGACUAAAUUUGCCAAUGCUUUCGUUAAUUCAAUUGAAGGGACUUCAACUAAUGAUAUUAUUCUGACUAAAGAAUUAUGUGGUGGUGCUAGAAUUUAUUAUAUUUAUAAUGAAGUAUUUGGAUCCCAAUUAGCAGCAAUUAACCCAACUCAUAAUUUAUCAAUCCUAGAUAUUAGAACUGCCAUUAGAAAUUCAACUGGUCCAAGACCUUCUUUAUUUGUACCUGAAUUAGCAUUUGAUUUAUUAGUAAAACCACAAAUCAAAUUAUUGGAAGAACCAAGUAGAGGAUGUGUUGAAUUAGUUUAUGAAGAAUUAAUGAAGAUUGUUCAUAGUGUUUGUUCUACCAAUAUUGGCCCUGAAUUGAGUAGAUAUCCAAAAUUACAAAGUAAAUUAAUUGAAGUUGUUAGUGAUUUAUUAAGAGAAAGAUUAGGUCCAACUAUUAAAUAUGUUGAAUCCUUGAUUGAAAUUCAUAAAGCUUAUAUUAACACCAAUCAUCCAAAUUUCUUGGGUGCGGCAAAAGCCAUGAGUAUUGUUGUUGCUGAACGUCAAAAACAAAAACAAUUGGAACUGAAUAGUAAAUUAAGAUUAGCAAGUGAAAGAAUCUUAACUAAAAAGAGACAACAACAACUAGAGGAAAAUAUAGAAGAACAAUCUGAAGAAGAAGAAGAAGAAGAUUUUGAAGCUGAAAUCAAAUCUGUUGAUGAUAAAUUACCAUCUCCGCAUAGUCAUCAACAUGGCCGUCAAUUAUCUGUCCAUAAGGCCGAUUCAACUCCAAACUUCCAUCAUCAAGCAAUAUCACCGCCACAGCAUCAACAACAACAACCAGAAUCAUAUUUGAAUUAUUUCUUGGGUAAAGAUCCAAUUGUCCAUCAACAACAAUUACAAACCCAAGCCCAAUUAAACCCAAUUCCAUUCAAAUUCCCUCAUCCUCAAGAAAAUACCUUACAAUUCAAUAGCAAUUUCCUUAAUCAUAAUCAUACUACUUCCCAACCUAACUUGAUUGAUGAAUAUACUUCAAAAAUGAAUCUUUCCGAUUCGGCCAAUGAUGAAACCACUUCGUUUGAAAGUGACGAUGCCAUUAAUGAAUUAACAGAACGCGAACAAUUGGAAUGUGAAUUGAUUAGAAGAUUAAUCAUUUCAUAUUUCAGUAUUGUUAGAGAAAUGAUUCAAGAUCAAGUUCCAAAAUCGAUUAUGUGUCUUUUAGUUAAUUAUAUUAAACAACAUAUUCAAAAUCGAUUAGUUGUUAAAUUAUAUAAUGAUAAAUUAUUUGAUGAAUUAUUGAAAGAAGAUGAAAAUAUUCAAGCGGAAAGAGAGAAAUGUGUGGAAUUGUUGAAGACUUAUAAAGAAGCUUCUAGGAUUAUCAGUGAUGUUGUGUAA